AUGUCUUUUCCUCAGCUGGGGUACCCCCAGUUUCUCAACGCCUCCCAUGAGGUCUAUGGGGGCGAGCGGCCGGGGUCUGCCCGGGAAGGAGGCGCCGAGGGCGGCGUGACUCCGUCCGCCACAGCCGCGGCUGUCGGCACCAUGCUGGGGAUGUACGGAAGCCCGUGGACACCUCACAACUACAGCGCCUUUCUGCCGUACAGCGGAGCCUCAGACCUCGCCCUCAUCUCUCAGAUGGGCUCCCAGUAUGAGCUGAAGGACAGCUCGGGCUCCCACCCGGCCCCUCUGCCUGUCCACUCGGCCCAGGGCUUCUAUCCGUACGGCCAGUACCCGUACGGGGACCCGUCGAGGGCCAAGACUGCCACCAGGGAGACUACCAGCACCCUGAAGGCCUGGCUGCAGGAGCACCAGAAGAACCCGUACCCCACCAAAGGAGAGAAGAUCAUGCUGGCCAUCAUCACCCGGAUGACCCUCACACAGGUGUCCACGUGGUUUGCGAACGCGCGCAGACGCCUGAAGAAGGAGAACAAGGUAACCUGGGGGCGCAGCGCCGAGGACCGGGACGGCCGCAUCUUCAGCAGCGACAACGAAGACGAGACCGUGAAGAACGGCAGUGACGACGAGGAGGAAGACGAGGAGAUCGACUUAGAAACCGUCGACAUGGAGAGGCCGGAGGACCAGCGGACUGGGCUUCAGGGCUCCGGGGAGGACUCCGGGGAGGCCGGCCUGGCAGCGAAGGAGCAGGCCGCGGAGCCUCGGAGCUCGGACGGCAGCAGGACUCUCUCCGUGGAGGCGGCUCUGGCUCUCAGAUCUCCGGUGGUCAAACUCGCAGGGGAGCAUUCUCCAGACAGACAGGAGUGCCAGAGACCACCCCAGAGCAAACCCAAAAUCUGGUCCCUGGCAGAGACCGCCACGGCCCCCGACAGCUCUCACAAACCUUCCCCCCAGCUCCACGCGCAUCACCCGAGUUUGGCCUCCGCGAGCCAUCCGGCCUUACUCCCGGGUCAUGGGAUAUAUACGUGCCAGAUUGGCAAGCUGCACAACUGGGCCAACGCGGCUUUUCUCAAUGCCAACUCUCUUUUGAACAUGAGGUCUCUCCUCGGAGGGGCGCCGGCCGGACACCUGCCUCUCCACGGCACGGUACCGGUUGCGCGUCAUGACGCACGACCGACCGCGGGCCCCGGAACAUCGGGGACAGAAGACGACAGUGAUGUCGAGUCGUCAGGAAGCUUUAGUCCAAAAAUAGAUGACGAAGAGAGCGACCACAGACCAGACCCCCUGAAGUCCCCGUUCCAGCUGAUCACUGACAGACCUCACCAUGGCACAGCAUCCCAGCGGGUUUUAACCACAUCAUCCUGAGGAGAGAGAGAGAGAGACAAAUGAUUUUAUUUAAGGAGAAGGCUAUUUUCUG